GCUAGCAGACAAGAAGCCUUCUGAACAUAUUGAACAGUGUAGACCAAAGGAAACCCCCUAUGACAGGAAUACACAUGGCUUGAUAAAAGCCAUUAUGAAAUUGUUACAAAUGCAAGCUCUUAAGGAAGGACAGAGUGGGGCGAAGAAUAUUCAGAAUAUAUAUACUAUCAGAAAUCAUCCUCAGCCUUUGAUCACUGUGAUUGAACAUAGACCUGAUUGCUGGCCAGUACUUUUGCAGCAGCUGACAGCUUUUUUCCAGCAAUGCCCUGAAAGGUCAGAAGCUUCGUGUAUCCAAAUAAUGGCACCAUUUCUAUGGUAUCUAUAUUGUGAACCGUCCCAGUUACAAGAACAUGCUAAACUCAGACUAGCACUGCUGAAAGUCUUACUUCAACCCCAGGUUCUUUGUGACAAAGAACAACCAUCAAUAUUGGAACAACAAAUUCUUCAACUGUGUUGUGACAUAGUUCCGUGUUUGCAGGUAAAAGAUUUGGUGCAGACUACAGAAGUGAUGCUGUUCAUCGAGGAAGUAUAUUUAAGCCUUUUGCAUCAUCCUGUUUUCUGGAAAAUUCAGGUUACUCAGCUGACCCUUCAACUGCUUUGUGUCUGUGAAGUUAGCUUAAAGAUAACUGGAGAAUGUUCAUCUUUAAUUCACCUUUUAGAACACAGUGCUGAGCUUCUGAAGGAGGAUUUUCCUGUUGAGCUGGUCAUAAUUGGAAUUGCUAUACUUCUUCUACAGACUCCGGCAAGUCAGCAGAAGCCAAUCUUAAGUCUAGCUUUGAAGCUCCUCUCUUUUGCUGAGGAUCAGAAAAUCCCAAAGUCAUCUCUUCUGCUAGUGAUGCCAAUUCUGCAGAUAUUAUCUUCUACUGCCUUGGAAGACUGCAGAUCCAUGGAUGAAGAAGGUCCCUCUAGGCAGCAGUUGGCUCUAAACCUUUUGGAAAUGGUACAGCAGGAGUGUUACAGAGACGACCACCAAAAGCUCUCCUACAGGCUUGAAUUCCCUAUAACCAACAUGUAUGGUUCAGUAUUUACAACCUGGAGGAUUCUUGAGGUAAUGAGGGAAGAAUCUGCGGCAAGUGACUGGUUGGCUUCAGUAGAGUCAUUGCUCCCUGUUACUACAGUGAUCCCUGUGCAUGUGUUUCUUCUCCUGGCUCACCUCCUUGUCAAAGAUGAAGGACGACAUCUUCACCAAAUACUGAAGGUCACUACAGAAUUAGCCCAAGCUGAUGCCUCUCAGGUACCAAAUAUGAUUCCAGUUUUGAUGUUCAAAUUGGGAAGACCACUGGAACCUGUAUUAUACAAUGAUAUAUUGUAUACUUUACCUAUGCUUGGUGUUCACAAGGUGUGCAUAGGACAGAUUCUACGAGUAAUCCAACUGCUUGGAACUACCCCACAACUAAGAGCUGUCACUUUGCGCUUGUUGACAUCUUUGUGGGAGAAGCAGGAUCGCAUCUAUCCUGAACUGCAGCGUUUCAUGGCCAUGUCUGAUGUGCCCUCUAUCUCUGUGGGCAAGGAGGUCCAGUGGGAGAAACUGAUUGCUAAAGCAGCCUCAAUCAGAGAUAUUUGCAAGCAAAGGCCAUAUCAGCAUGGUGCUGAUAUGUUGGCAGCUAUUUCUCAGGUGUUGAAUGAAUGCACCAAGCCUGAUCAAGCUACUCCAGCAGCCUUGGUGUUACAAGGUCUUCAUGCACUCUGCCAAGCUGAG